UGUCGUGCACGGACCGUGUAUCACGCACUUAGUGCUCGUGUGCGGUGAAAGCAGGCUGAAAAAUGGCCAUUCAAGACGAAGUAGCUCCAACAUUUGUACAUAAACCAAAAUUGAGACAGGAAGAUGAUGGAAAUAAGUUAGUUUUUGAGUGUCAGUUAAUAGCUAACCCUCGUCCGAAAAUAGCAUGGUUUCGAGAAAAAACUCAACUUCUAGACGACUUUCGUACAGUGAUUAAGGUAAUAGAAAUUGGACCGAACAAAUACAACAUUAGCUUGGAGUUAGAUGACGUCAUCGAAACAGAUGCUGGAUUGUAUAAAGUCAAAGCAAAGAAUAAGCAAGGAGCAGUUAGUGCGUCGAUAAAUUUGAACUUCACUCCUGCAGACGAGCCUCACGACGAACAAAUCGACGGCAUCGCGCCGACAUAUGAAAAGAAGCCGUCCAUCCGACAAGAAGAUGAAGGCAGAAAGCUGUUGUUCGAAUGUCGUAUUCUUGCAGACCCUGCCCCUACUGUGUCCUGGUACCAUGACGGUGCCCUUGUAAAGGAUAAGGGCAGAUUUAAGAUCAAACUUGUGAAAGAAAAGAAUUCAUAUUAUUCAGCAUUAGAAAUAGAUUAUGUAACAGUAGAGGAUGCAGGGAAUUAUAAAGUUACAGCCAAAAAUGAACUUGGUGAAAGCAAUGCGACAAUCAGUCUUAACUUUGGUAGUGAUGAACCUCCCCCUCCUGAAGGUGCAAGACCCAUGUUCACAGAAAAGCCUGUCAUUAGUCAGUGUAGUGACCUUAGUAAAAUUAUAUUUGAAUGUCAACUUGUAGCUGAUCCUUCUCCAACGAUCAAAUGGUACCAUAAUGGUAAGGCCAUUAAAGAUGGAGGGAGGUUCAAAUAUGUCCUGACUUCUGACAAGUACAAUCAUUCUGUGGCUUUGGAAAUUGCCAAGAUUGCUGCUAAAGAUGGUGGAGAGUACAAAGUAAUAGCCAAGAACAAACAUGGAGAAGGUUAUGCUACAAUCAGUUUAAAUAUUGAAGGUGAUGGCAAACCGAAAAUUCCUCUUGGGAAAGCCCCAAGAUUUCCCCAGAAGCCCACGAUCAGACAAGUUGGAGAUAACCUGAUUCUUGAGUGUGUGCUAGAAGCCAACCCGUUUCCUGAAAUCACAUGGUAUCAUGGCACAAGACAGAUCUCUGAAGGGGAGAGACACAAGUGUAUAAAGAGUGACAUAGCAAAAGAUACCUAUGGUCUUUCACUUGAAAUUAGGGGCCCUACAACGGAAGAUGCUGGUAAUUAUCGAUGUAAUGCUGUUAAUGAACUUGGCGAGAGUAAUGCAAACAUUGCCCUGAACUUCCAAGGUGGAGAGAAAAGGGAAGGGCCAGUCUUUAUUGAGAAACCUCAAGUCAUUCCAAAAGAUGGUGGAAAGCUUGUUGUUAUGCAGUGUCGGGUGAAGAGUAUUCCUCCUCCUAAAACCCUUUGGUAUCAUGAAACAAAACUUGUUAAAGAGACCAAUCGUGUCACAAGUCAAAUAGUGAAGGAAACAAAUGAGGAAUUCACAAUUUUUCUGGAAAUCAGGGACCCAUCUUCAGAAGAUGGAGGAAGCUACAACUGUAACAUAAAGAAUGAAAAUGGUGAAAUCAAUGCUAAUCUUAAUUUUAAUGUUGAAGUAUAG